AUUACAUCCUUUCUAAAGAUGAUUCAUAGGCUAAAUAAUAGAUGUGUUAGGUGGCUAGACAUUUUACGGCGCGACGGAGUGCCAUAUGGUCAGCGUCGUUUCUUCAGUGAUCGCAGCGAAGCUGCCUACAGUCGAAGGGUAUACUGCAGUAAUGGCGUUGUAGAAUUUGGUCCUCCAACGUACACAUUCUUCACUGAGAAUGCCUGUUUGACUGUUAAGUUACGAAAUGACGAGAAUCUUGGUUACAGGGUUAUGUUACUAUCCGCUAUGACGCGCGAAGGCCAGGAUAGUAAGGUAUUUGACAAGCGUUCUCGUGUAUCUUCUACAUUACCAAUGGAUGAAGCUGCCAAGUUAUUUGAUAUUGUUAAUGAUGGUUCAAGUGCUUCCACAGUUACGCUUCAAGGUGUAGAUGGCGGCAAUGUAAUCGUGUCUAAAACAGUUAACAGUAUAUCUUUGAAAUUAUGUCCUAGUUUGAUACCAGGAAUCAAUGUUAUGGGUUCUGGAACAUCAAAUUUGAACACAAGCAAGGUGAAUGUCACGUUUGUUGGCGGGAGCAAUGAAAAUACACUGCUGAUCCACGCACUGAAGGAGCUUAAGGAUUACUAAUAUUUAUUAUCGGGAUAUCUUGGAUUUUUUGGACU